UGCCGAGAUAGACACGGAAUCAGUUCCAGCACGCGAAUCCUGCCGCAAGGAUGCCCGUGAACGUUGCUCCGUCGCCGUCGGAGAAAUCAGUCACUGGGGUCGAAGAGGGGAAAGGGAAAGUGCCAUCGCCGAAUCGCAUUGUGCCACAUUUAAAAAUGAAAACAGACGAAGGAAUGAAGUGAGGGCAGAAGCCAAGCCAAAAGCCGUUUAAUAACUAAAUCCCACGGAGCCAUCGUUGGUCACGUUCCGAGACGGAUACACAAAAUGCCUCUCUCCGCGUAUCCAUCCCGUGCAUCUGUGUGUGUGUGCCUGCCCAUGUCCCCGUCUCAGUGUGAGUGUGCAUACCUAUAGGGCUCUGGCUCUGGCUUUGGCUGUAGCUGUGGCACCUAAUGUGACCAACAUACACACAUCGGCGAAUAUAAUAACACAAAGCCCCUUCGUCCUUGUCGCUCGCCUCGCUGUCAUCGUGUGCGUGACCGUGUCCGUGGGUCCUGCGUCCCUGUGUCCAUGUGUCCGCUUCCGUGGAACGGAUAUAUUUUCGCAAUCCGCGCUAUUAGGCCACGCACCCAGUAAGCCAGCCGGACCAAAAUAGACCUCUUUUGGCUUUUCUUAAACGGAUUGAUUGGUGAAUUGUGGAAAGGUUUGAUUGCCGAAUUGCGGCAUUGUUGAGUGCUGGUUAUUGUGCAACUGUUGAAUGAGCGAUGCGAGCAGAGCCGCCUAAUUAUUGCGCAUUGCGCAAUCGAAUGUCAAAGCCAGGACCCAGUGUAACGCAGUAGAAUCGGAGACCCUCAAGGAUUGGCCCCAGCAGGACUCGGACGGAGAGGAUGACGUUGGUGUCAUUGGGAAGUCAUUGCGGAGACCCAUUAUUAAACCUUAAACCGUAAACGGAGCAAAUACAGCAGCCGGCAGGAGCGGAGGACUCCUCCGUUCCAACAGAGUAGCAGCAGCAGUCCGAGUGGAGAGCAUAAACCAUGUGGACGACGGACUGCCCGAGAGCGUUGAAAGCGAUUUGCCUGGUGCCGCUGUGGCUGGUCCUGCUCCUCGAUUGCGGCCUGGUUGGCGGCGAGGUGCCACCGCACUACUGGGAAACCCCCUACUCGCAGCCGUACUUCGACAACUCCUCGAGGCGUGAGGUCACCGCAACCGUGGGUCAGGCGGCCCUGCUGCACUGCCGGGUGCGGAAUCUGGGCGAUCGAGCGGUAUCUUGGAUACGGAAACGCGACCUACACAUCCUGACGGUGGGCAUACUGACCUACACGAACGACCAGCGCUUCCAGUCGCUGCACUCCGAGGGCUCCGACGAGUGGACACUGCGCAUCUCAUCGCCACAGCCCCGGGAUUCGGGCACCUACGAGUGCCAGGUGUCCACCGAGCCGAAGAUCAGCCAGGGAUUCCGCCUCAACGUGGUGGUGUCGCGGGCCAAGAUCCUGGGCAACGCGGAGCUCUUCAUCAAGAGCGGCAGCGACAUCAAUCUCACCUGCCUGGCGAUGCAGUCGCCGGUGCCGCCGUCGUUCAUCUACUGGUACAAGGGCAAGCGGGUCAUGAAUUACUCGCAACGCGGUGGCAUCAACGUCAUCACAGAACGCUCCACGCGCACCAGCAAGCUGCUCAUCGCCAAGGCCACGCCGGCUGACUCGGGCAACUACACGUGCUCCCCGAGCAGCUCAGAUUCCGCCUCGGUGGUGGUGCACGUCAUCAACGGGGAACAUCCGGCCGCCAUGCAGCACGGCAACAGCAGCGCCAGCUGCCUGCGCCCCCCACCAGUGCCUUUCGUCCUUGCCACCAGGAUGUCGAUGACGGUGGCGGCUGUCGCCUGGAACUGCAACUGGAACUGCAACUGGAGCCCCGACUGGCGCUGGCACUGGAACAUCAAUUGGGGCAACCUGGCCGCCGGACUUCUGGGCCUCUGGAGCUGGAGCUGAUGCGGCUAACGGAGGUGCCUCCAGUCGUCGAACUAAAAAAAAAAAAAAACGCUGAGCGACAGUCCCGGCCAAGUUGGGACUGAACCGCUCCUCCCCAGGUGCAUUUAAUGAGGCCGGAGGAGCGUCUUACGAACUAGUGUACAUAUACAGUGUGUCCUUUAACGAGUAUUAUCUAUAAGACAUUCCCGAGCAGACAGACAGGCGGGGCAGUAUUACGAAAGAAGUUUUAAUCAACCACAGUCAACAGGAAGAGUCCAGGCAAACUAGCACUACCCAUACCUAGGAAAAGUAACGAAAAAACCAAAAACAAAACCGCUGUUUCCCAAACAUUAAUAUGUUGUCAUUGUAUUUCAUUUGAAAUUCAUAUCGUUGGACACAGGUUUAUAAUCACUACAAACCGGCCAAAAGUCAGCAAUUAUUGAAAACCUUUUGGCUUACAGUUUCAUUUGGGUUCAUUGAAGCAGACAUGUCCGAUUGUAUAUACAAUAAAACACAAACAUAAAUAUUUUAGGUCCUCGAUUGUUUAUUUAUUUAUACCGAAAUCAUACACCCAGCACGUGGAGUAGUGAAGUGAGAAUAGAGGGAGUUAACCCUGGCUAUAUAUAGAUGGUUAUUCAGUGUAUAUGGAUAAGUUUUUAUCUGGUUGUCAGCCUCGAAAUUGUUCUUCGUAGUCCAUCAUCUAGUUACUGUGUAAAAUAUUCAUACUUGAUAAUUGUACAUUUAGAGGUCGGUUUUAAGCGGUCUUGAUAAGACUUUUAAGCAGUAAGAGCGAACGUCGGGUCGAUUCGAUCAUGGGUUCAACCAAAAAUAGUAAAUGAAAUUACAGACAUUAUUAAACUAACGAAAAUGGUAAAUGAAGCUAACCUAAGCGGAGUCAAGUAUGUUUUUCUGUUUAAGCAAUGCAAAAAUAAACGAACAAUGUUUCUCCAUAAUAAAUGAAGAUAUGGUUAUGGUUAAAAGUA